CACAAUAACUAUGGUCUCCAACAUUCACUAUGACUAAUAGAUGGCAAAGUUCUUCUUUCAUCUCAUUCUUUGAAAAACUCUGGUGAAUCUCUUCCACAGGAUCCAUCUGCUGAGAGAAAGAGAGAAUGGUUAUUCAAUUGAUGCAGCAAAUCACCCUAUUGUUCUUGCUAAUUGGAGCAUCACUAGCAAGGCCUGGUUGUCAAGACAGAUGCGGAAAUGUUAUCAUUCCCUACCCAUUUGGAAUUGGGGCCAAUUGUUCUGCUGAUGAGUCGCUUGAGAUAAACUGCAACCAUUCUUUCACCCCACCCAAACCUUUAAUCACUGGCAUCAACCUUGAGGUGCUUGAAAUCUCGUUAUCAGAAAGCGCUGUCCUCGUCAACAACCCUGUAAUCUCUUCUAAUUGUGAAAACAGGACCAAUAAUCAAGAUGCGUACUUGAACGGCCCUUUUUCCUUCUCAGACACCAACAACCAAUUCACGGCCAUGGGUUGUGACAACCUCGCCUUGAUCACCCGACAAGGAAUGGUCAUAGGGGGCUGUAUGUCCCUAUGCAAUGUUACUACAAGAGAUACAACUUGCUAUGGCCUCAACUGCUGCCAAACCACAAUCCCUCCAUUCCUCAAGUUUAUCAAUGCAUCUUUCAGAAGCAUAGAUUCAAACAGUGAUAAUAAAGGGUGCAAAUAUGCCUUUAUGGUGGACCAAGAAUGGUUCACUAACCUGACUGACCCCUUUGCUGUGCAGGAAAUGGAGAAGGUCCCUGCUAUGCUGAAUUGGUACACAAUUGGGACGUGCCAAACAUUCGGAGUCUACAAUUCCAGUGUGCCUAAUAGCUUAUUAUGCGGCACUAAUGCUUCCUGCAGUUCUACUUCUAAUCAAAGCUCAAGUUACCGAUGCCAGUGUGACCUUGGCUAUAAAGGAAACCCAUAUCUGCCUGAUGAAUGCCAAGGUGUAUAGACAAACAUGUUAAUAGCUUAUUUUGUUUGAUUUUGAAUGUCCGAUAUCAAUGGAUGUGCGCUGAGUGAUAUGAAUCACUAUGAGAUGAUCUGUGAGAAUACACCAGGGAGUUACAAGUGCAAUUGUCCACCUGGGUACAUAUCUGUUGGAUAUAGUUGCUAUAAACUCAAGGACAAUGAAGGCAACAGGGUUCGGAUCAUUAUUAUAGGUACGUCCUCCCCACCCCCCGUGCAAACACACAACAAAGAAAUAACACGCACAAAUUGGAGGUUUUGAUUAUUGCUUGAUCAAAAUCAAGACAAUUGAUCGAUUCGGUAUGAGUCCAUAUUAAAAAGAACUAAAAUUUGAGCCAAACUGAAGAAGAAGAAAGAAAGGAAAAAAAAAAAAAGAAAAAAAAAAAAAAAACACUAGAUUUUUUCAUCAGUCAACAUAAUUUUUUAACACAAAUAGGAUUCCCUUUUGACAGUUCAACGACCAUAGGAAACAUGGUAGCAACUAAAGUAGCUCCAAAUUAAAAGUAACCAUAUAGUCUAGAUCAUAUUUGUGGACUAACAGCUUAAACUCAAAGUCAAAUUUCAUUUAAUAUAUGAAAUUGGGUAGUUCUGCACUCACACGGUCACACCAGAAUACUGGGAAAGGAUUUGUCUUUCUUAUGGAAAUAGAUGGGAUAUGAACAAAUCUAGGGAAUAUUAGCAUAUACGAGUAUUUUUUGUAUUCAAGCAUAAAAUUUUUAGGUGAGAGGUGAGUUUUCCCUAUUAUGUUCUGUAGGUACUAGCACAGGUCUCGGAAUACUAUUUUCACUUAUUGGUACAUGGGGGAUGAUUAAACUAGUCACAAGAAAAAGGGAAAUUAAGCUCAAGGAAAAAUUCUUUAAAUGAAAUGGGGGCUUGUUAUUACAACAACAAUUGUCUUCAGGUGAAGGUAACGUUGAGAAAACCAAACUCUUUGACUGGUCUGCCGCACUACCGUCAAGCUUAAAAGAGUGUGUGCAUUUUAAAGCGAGGGCCAAGAGUUUUACAUUUAUAGAAACCACUACUACCUUUCACUAUAAAUAUAGCUAGGGCGAGUAAGGAUCGUCCCAAGGGAUUGUGAGGAUCGAACAAGGUUGUGGAAUCGCUAUUAGGGCUAGUAGGUUGAGUGAUCAAACAAUUGGUUAGUUGGUUGAUUAAACUAGAGAAUAACUAAAUUAAACUAAAUAAUUGAAUGCAACAAAGGGUAAGUAAGAGAGAGAGAAAUCUUAGGGUUUAGAGGUCACCUCCAAGCAAUGCAUUUCUAUACCAUUGACAAGUGACUAAUGAGGGCAAAUGGUGUGUUGCAAUAUUGGUGUGUGUGUGUGUUUGGUUGAUUCAACAAGCAAGGAUGACUAGUUAAGCAUGUAUUGUCUAAACAUCAUGUGAAAGGCAUAAUAUAUCUAAGCAAUGAAGCAUAAAUUGUCUAAACAACAUGUGAAAGGCACAAUAGAUCAAAACAAGUCAUUAAUCCUUUCAUUAAGCUCACAAUCCAAAUACAACAUAAGGUUAGAGACAUAUGCUUCUUGUAUUCAAAAGUUUGGAUCAUCAAACAACAAGCAUGGAUUGUCCUCCCAUUUAACACUACACUACAACUACACUACAUCUACACUACUAGCAUGAAAAUAAACUAGGGGAGAGGCACAAUCCAUCAAGGAAUAAGUAUGAACCAUUAAGAAAAUCACAAGAGCAUUCCAUUAAGCACUAUGUUUUGACAAUCUCUAAAUGUAUAGUAUCAAUACACAUAGACAUGCAUCAAUAACACAAAAUCUAGAGACAAGCACAUGAAUAUCUAUUCUAGCAUACAUAGACAUAUGGAUAGAAUGAAAUGAUCAAUUGGAAGCAUUAAACCACAUAAAUUAUUGAAUAAACAAGAUCUAUAUAUGUAAAAGUGUCAAAACAUUAAUUACAACACUAAUCCUUCAAUAAUACACAAGAUUAAGAUAUAGAAAGGAUGCUUGGGGCUAACUUUAGCCCCAAGAGAAUGUCUAGCCACUCAUGGUGAUGUUGCUCCAACCCGCAAGGGCUAACUCCAUGGAAGAAAUUUGCUCCUUGGUUGAUGAAGAGUCUCCAAUGGUGUCUCUAGCCUCCUCCUCCUCUAAACUUCCUCUCCAAGAGAAUAAACCGUAGAAUUGUGUAUAUCUCAAAAAGUGCAUCAUAUUCCUUUUAUAGGUAGGUCAAGUGACACACAAAAUGAGCUGGGGUCGUGCAAAGAAUAUUCUCUAAUGAUUGGAUAGAGGACUGAUUGAACAAGCUGGAAAUUUAAGUUUUUCGCACUGGAGGAAGUUCAAUCGAUCGAACUGGCUGAGAUCCAUCGAAUUUAGGCUGGAUCGAUCCAACUGGUUGAGCUUUUUGGGAAAAGACAAAUCCGAGAUAUUUUGGGAGAUAUUUUUGGGAAAAGGACAAAAUUGGUUAGUAGGUGGUACAACUGUAGAUAUGAUCAAUUAUUUGAAUAAGGACAAAAGUGUUCGAUCGAUCGAAGGGUGGUGUUGGAUCGAUCGAACUUUGGAUUUUUUGCUUUUGGGCUAAGGCUUGGAUCUAUCUUGAAGUGCUGAGAUCGAUCAUUGUUCGAUCGAUCGAACCUUGAAGUUGGAUCGAUCGAACUUUGCUACUUUCCACCUUUGGCUUCAUUUGCUUCUUUCUUUCUUCACUUUGCUCAUUUCUUUGUUUAAUCCCAAAAUUGCUUCAAUUACGCUCUUAUUUGGCUGAGUUAGCUUAUUUUCAGGAUAAGUACAUGAAAAUGGAAAUAAUACGAAAUCAAUCUAAAACGGUAAAGUAAGAUAGAUAAAGGUACUAGAAUGCCUAAGCUUAAGGGGUUUAAAUACGCACUUUUCAGCGCUCAUCACACCCCUAAACUUAAAUAUUGCUAGUCCCUAGCAAUGAACUAGAAAGUAAAGGAAUGAAAUGAAUAACUAUACAAGUAUGAAUCUAGAAAACAAUAAAUGGAUAACGCCACUUUCGCAGGGAACACGAUUGCACUUAGCACAUAUAACAAGCCUUUUAAACCCCUAGGUUACCCCUAGUGGAUGAGUGAAGUCUCGUGAGGGUUUUCAGAAAUGGUACCCACAAACAUUAAGCUCAUUCUUUCAAAAGAGGCACCAAUAUUGCAAACAAGCAUUGGGAGAAAACUACCUCAAUUAUGUAAUUUUUCAAACAUUUCCAAGCAAUUUCUCAAAAUCUCAAUAUCAAGCAAGCAAGUAUGUGAUGCUUACCCAAACGUGUGCACAAAAUAAUGCACAACACUUUGAGUUUGGAGAAUAGUGUCAAGUGGGCAUCAUACUUAAAUUUAUAAACCGCUUAACACCUAUACUAUGUAGUAUGAGUGAGAAGGGGUCGUCCUAAGAGAUUGGAGUCAUACUUGAAUGUGAAAAUGCAACUAGGGUCAGUAGGUCGAGUGAUCAAACAAAUGGUUGGUUGGUUAAGUAAACUAGAGAGCAACUAAAUUAAACUAAGUAAUUGAAUGUAACAAAGAGUAAGUAAGAGAGAGAGAGAUCUUGGGGUCUAGAGGUUACCACCAAACAAUGCUUUUUUUACACUUCCAACUAGUGACUAAUGAGGGUAAAGUGUGUUGCAAUAUUUGUGUGUGUGUGCUUGGUUGAUUCAAUUAGCAAGGGUGACCAAUUUAAGCAUACAUUGUUUAAUCAACAUGUGAAAAGUACAAUAUAUCUAACAAUUAAGUAUAUAUUGUCUAAAUAGCACGUGAAAAGCACAACAUAUCUAGCAAGUCAUUAAUCCUUUCAUUAAGCUCACAAGUCAAAUACACCACAAGGUUAGAGACAUAUGCUACUUGCAUUCAAAAGUAUGGAACAUUAAACAACUAGCAUGGAUUGUCUUCUCAUCUAACAAUUAUGCUAUCACUACAUUACAAUUAAACUAAUGGCAUAAAAUUAAACUAACUAAGCUAAGGGAGAGGCAUAAUCCAUCAAGAAGUGAGCAUGGACAAUCUAGAAAAUCACAAGAGUAUUCUUUUAAGCACAAUGUUUUGACAAUCCCUAAAUCCAUAGCAUUAAUAUAUAGACAUGCAUCAAUUACACAAGAAAUAGAGGUAAAUACAUGAACAUCUAUUCUAGCAUACAUAGACAUAUGGAUAGAAUAAAAUGAUUGAUUGGAAGCAUUAAAGCACAUAAAUCGUUGAAUAAACAAGAUCUAUAUGUAUAAAAGUGUCAAAACAUUAAUUACAACACUAAUUCCUCAAUAAUACAUAAGAUUAAGAUAUAUAAAGCAUGCUUGGGGCUAACUCUAGCCCCAAGAGGAUGUCUAGCCACUCAUGGUAAUGAUGCUCUAACCCUCAAGGGCUAAUUCCAUGGUUGAAAUCUGCUCCUUGUUGAUGAAUAACUCCAAUGGUGUCUCUAGCCUCCUCCUCCUCUAAACUUCCUCUCCAAGAGAUGAUAUGAAAAUAAUGUUGGCUCCCCUUUGUAAAAGCAAUCCUUAUCCUUAUAUAGGUAGGUCAAAAUGACACCCAAAAUGAGCUGGGGUCGUGCACACAAUAUUCCCUAAUGAUUGGAUAAAGGACAACUUUCAAUGAGAUGGAAUUUUAACUUUUUCGCACUGGAGGAAGUUCGAUCGAUCGAACCUUGAACUUGGAUCGAUCGAAAGUAAGUUAGAUCGAUCGAACUUAGGCUGGAUCGAUCCAACUGGCUGAGCUUUUUGGAAAAAGACAAAUCCGAGAUAUUUAUGGGAGAUAUUUAUGGGAAAAGGACAAAAGUGGUUAGUGGGUGGUACAGCUGUGGAUAGGAUCAAUUAUUUGAAUAAGGACAAAAGUGUUCGAUCGAUCGAAGGAUGGUGUUGGAUCGAUCGAACUUUUGGAACUUUAUGCUUUUGGGUCAAGGCUUGGAUCUAUCUUGAAGUGCUGAGAACGAUCAUUGUUCGAUCGAUUGAACCUUGAACUUGGAUCAAUCAAAUUUUGCUACUUGUCACCUUUGGCUUCAUUUGCUUCCUUCUUUCUCCACUUUGCUCCUUUCUUUGUUUAAUCCCAGAAUUGAUUUAAUUAAGCUCUUAUUUGGCUGAGUUAGCUUAUUUUCGGGAUAAGUGCCUGAAAAAGAAAAUAAUAUGAAAUCAAUCUAAAGCGGUAAAGUAAGAUAGAUAAAGGUACUAAAAUGCCUAAACUUAAGGGGUUUAAUUACGCACUUUUCAGUGCUCAUCACACCCCCAAAUUUAAAUAUUGCUAGUCUUUAGCAAUGAACUAGAAAGUAAAGGAAUGAAAUCAACAACUAUACAAAUAUUAACUAAAAAAAAAAAAUGAAUAACGCCACUUUGGUAGGGAACACGAUUGCACUUAGCACAUGCAACAAGCCUUUUAAACCCCUAGGUUACCCCUAGUGGACGAGUGAAGUCUCGUGAGGGUUUCCAAAAAUGAUACCCACAAACAUUAAGCUCAUUCUUUCAAAAGAGACACCAAUAUUGCAAACAAGUAUUAGGAGAAAACUACCUCAAGUAUGCAAUUUUUCAACCCUUUCUAAGCAAUCUCCCAAAAUCUCAGCAUCAAGCAAGCAAGUAUGGUCCUCCAUACAUCAAGAAAAUGAUUAUGCAAAUCAAAACAACUCUAGAAUCCCUUUGAGUGGACCAGCAUCAAAUAUGUUGCUAUCUAAGCCAACUAAAAAAUUAAUCACAUCCUUACCCUCAAACUAGCACAUAAAUCUAGUACCGAUCAUCAAGACAAAAAGUGGACCUUUUAUUAAAGCUUCAUUCAUCUAAGUGCGCUUAUUAUUUUCACUCGAUUUUUUUUUUUUAUUAUUUUAUUUUAUUUUUUUCAGGAUCAAAGAUGGAAACAUGGUGCAAUGUGUUGAUCUAUUAAGCUUUCUAGUGAUCCAUGAGAUCGAGCGUUAGGUCAAUGACUCCCAAACCAGACGGCUUUAGGGCACUAGUUGUUCAAACACCCCUACGGACUUACAAGCUCAAAUCAACUAGGGUACAAAUCAAGACAAUUUUCAUCUAAUCAUUUCCCACUUCUCACCUUUUGGGAGAAGUUCUCACUUUUUUUUUAUUACUUUUACAACUUUUUUUUUUUUUU